AUGGGCUCAGCACCGGCAGGUGGGAAAAGAGUACAUCUCAACUUCUUCGAGACAGCAUGUAGAGGCAAUCACGAAUGCUCUGGACAGUGGGCUCGGCCAGGAGACAACUCUUGCACCAAGGGCAGCCUCGACUACUACAUCAACAUGGCCAAGCUAGCUGACAAGGCCAAAAUCUCGGUCAUUUUCUUCGCAGACACCUACGCAGGCCAUGCCGUGUAUGGUGGCAACAUGGAUGCCAUUCUGCGAUCCGGCACUCAAGUAGCGCAGCUCGACCCAUUGGUCAUCAUAUCGGCCAUGGCAGCUGUGACGAAGUCAGUCUCAUUCGGGGUCACUGGAAGCACGAGCUAUAUCCCACCGUUCCCUCUGGCCAGAACAUUCAGCACCCUCGACCACCUCACGAAAGGCCGCAUAGCUUGGAACGUUGUUACCAGCUGGUCUGAAGCUGCCGCAGAUGCGUUUGGAAAAGACCUAGUCCCCCAUGACCAACGCUACGAGAUCGCCGAGGAGUACAUGGAAGUGGUCUACCGCCUUUGGAAUGGCUCAUGGGCUGACGACUCUGUGAAAUGGAAUCCAAGCACGAGAGUGGCGUAUGACCCUGCCAGGAUUAAGAAGAUCAAUCACAAGGGGCAGUAUUUCCAAAUGACAGGACGACAUCAAGUCCACCCCUCCCCCCAGCGAACCCCAGUGUUGUUUCAAGCUGGCACGUCAAAGAUCGGAUCCGCUUUCGCCAGCAAGCAUGCUGAAGCCAUAUUCCUCAAUACUUUCAGUCCGUCUCAAGCUGCAAAGGUGAUGUCUGAGACGAGAUCGGCCGCUGCUGCAAUAGGCCGCGAUCCCCACAGCAUCAAGUUCUUUCCAUGCAUAAUGCCCAUAAUUGGCAAGACGAAGGAAGACGCUGAAGAAAAGUACAAGAAGGCCGUCGAAUACGCAGAUCCCGUUGCAGGAUUGGCGCAGUUCUGUGGCUAUACUGGUAUUGAUUUGGCACCCUACCCGCUGGAUGAGCCGAUGGAUUUGAGUAACAUGUCGCAAGCAAUGGCCAUCCAGGCUGUCUUCAAAGCUCUGUCCGCUAGUCAGGAAGAGCUUGACCAGCCAUGGACACCGAGAAGGUUGGGAAUGAGAAUGGCGCUUGGCGGCUUGCAUCCAUGUCCUGUGGGCACUCCUGAGGAGGUCGCCGACGUAUUUGAGCAAUGGGUGGCAGAAGCCGACCUAGAUGGAUUCAAUAUUGGCAGCGUCACGAAUCCGAGCAGCUGGGAAGAUGUCGUCGACCUGCUUAUACCAGUCUUGCAGAGGAGAGGACUUUACUGGCUCGACUACGAUGUGCCUGGCGGAACAUUCAGAGAGAACCUAUUGGGACAGAAAGAACUUCGAGAAGAUCAUUACGGAUCAUCUUUCAAGAGUCCAUAG